ACAAACAAACAUCAAAAUAGUUCAAGCUAAACAGCAUGUUUGCUAAUUUUUUGCCACUUUGACCAAAAUAACGACAACAACCAAAUUAGCCAACAUCAAUUUAUUGAUUAAAGAUUGCAAGAUGCCACAAAAUCAACAGCGUUCACCGACCGAUGAACAACAAGAAAAAUUACUUGACGAAUCAUUGAGCAUCGUUAAAGUACAAUCAUUUCAUAUGAAAUGCUGUUUAGAUAAAGGUAAAUUAAUGGAAGCGUUGAAACAUGCAUCAAAUAUGCUAUCAGAAUUACGUACAUCGGCUUUAAGCCCACGGUCAUAUUAUGAAUUAUUUAUGGCCGUCACUGAUCAAUUACGACAUCUGGAAAUGUAUCUUGUUGAUGAGUUUCAGCGCGAUCAUAAAGUUUAUGAGCUUUAUGAAUUGGUACAAUAUGCUGGAUCAAUUAUACCACGUUUAUAUUUACUCAUAUCGGUUGGUCUUGUUUAUAUGAAAACAUCACCACAUUGUCGCCGUGAAAUACUUAAAGAUCUGGUUGAAAUGUGUCGAGGUGUACAACAUCCUCUUCGUGGUUUGUUUUUGCGCAAUUUUCUUUUGAUGACAUGUCGUCAUGUUUUACCUGACCAACCAGCUGAAAAUUUAGGAAAUUAUGAAGAUAGUAGAAAAGCUAUGCUAAUGAAUCAUGAUAAGAAUCAUGAAGGACCACAACAACAAACGCAAUUUGUUAGUUCAACAUUGACUAAUGCAAUCACACAGCAGCAAAAUGUUGAUAAUAAAGUUGCCGAUACGGCCACUGUAAUGGAUUCAAUUGAUUUUGUCCUGACUAAUUUCGCUGAAAUGAAUAAACUUUGGGUUCGUAUGCAGCAUUUGGGUCAUACUCGAGAGCGUGAUCGUCGAGAAAAAGAACGACUUGAACUUCGGCUAUUGGUUGGUACGAAUUUGGUUCGUCUAUCACAACUGGAAUCUGUCAAUGUCGAAAUGUAUUCUCGUGUAGUGUUGCCGGGUAUUCUUGAGCAGGUGGUUUCUUGCAAGGAUGCUAUUGCUCAAGAAUACCUGAUGGAGUCGUUGAUUCAAGUUUUUCCCGAUGAAUUUCAUUUAUCGACAUUGAAUCCUUUUUUGAAUUCAUGUGCACAAUUGGCUCCUGAUGUAAAAGUCAAAAACAUCAUUAUUGCAUUGAUCGAUCGAUUAGCCCAAUCUCACGAUGUUCCAUUGCCCGAAGAUUUGUUUGACACAUUUAGCAGACAAAUUAGUAAUAUAAUCGCCAAUCGACCCACUAUUGCCAUUGAAGAUAUAAUUAGCAUGUAUAGCUCGUUGAUUAAUUUUUCUUUGAAGAAAAUUACCGACCCGGUCAAACGUGAAGAGGCGAUCAAUUCUGUCCUUGGAUCGACACUGAAAGCCAUCCAAGAUAUGAAUGUUGUGACCAUAAACAUGAGAUCAAAUCUUGGCAAAGAAAUGUGUAGAUUUUUGAAGAUGCCAUUUAAUCUGGGCAAUUCUAAUUCAACAUAUCUUUCAAACGAUACCGAUGGUUCAACAAAAAACAAAGAUGAAUACGGGCUUAUAAAAAUGAGCCUUAAGUUAACCAACUAUAAAAACCUGGUCAAAGAAACCACGGAUAUUGAAUUGCAUAAACAGAUCAUUUUGACACUUAUCAAUGCUACACUAGAAAAUUACAGUGAAGAUUAUCUAAGACCCGAGGAUCGUUUAACGCCAUCAGAAAUACAAACUUUUUUAACCGAGCUAUGUGGACCGUUGGUAAAUGGAACUAAUCAAGUGAUUGUGAUCAAUAAUUCUAAAUCGUCGCCUCAAAAACAACCACAACCGAAUGUUCCAGUCGAUGAUCAGGAUGAAGAAUUCAUUGAUGAGCAAUUGCUGUUGUCAAGGUUUAUACAUUUUCUUUUGUUGCCUCAAUGUAUUGAUGCUGGGGAAACAUCCAUACAAAAUGGCCGAACAUCAGGUGGUGAUGAGAAUGGUGGGGAAUGCUUGAAUGAUAUCGACGAUUCACGGUCGUCAUCAUCACAACUACUCGAUACAACUCAUCUGACAUUGGUUUCAAUCAAAAAAAUUCUUGCCACUGGUGGCCCUUGCCGUAUUCGAUACACAUACCCAUCAUUAGUUUUCGAAGCUCUUCAACUAUCAUUGAGAUACAAGAAAAUAAAAGAUACAGAUGAUAAAUGGAUGAAAAAAUGUCAAAGAAUCUAUCAAUUUGUCAAUCAGCUUAUUGUAAUAUUGUUGAAGGAAGGAAAUUGUCCGGAACUAUGCCUUCGUCUAUCUCUUGAAGCAGCAUUAAAUGCUGCUAAAUCAGAAAUUAGUGAUUUCGAAUCGAUUAGCUAUGAUUUUAUUAGCCAAGCAUUUUCCAUAUAUGAAGAGGAGAUAUCAGAUUCUAAAGAGCAGACCUUAUGUUUGCUAUUGAUCAUUGCAUCCGUUAAGAAUAUUAAGUUCAAGAAUAUUGAAAAUUUCACCCCUCUUCGAAAUCAAUGUGGCCUUAAUUGCGGUAAACUAGUUAAAAGAAGUGAUCAAUGUCGGGCAUUAUUAACAGCCAGCAUUUUAUUUGUCACCAAUGAAGAAACAAUUGAGCCAGAAAUAUUAAAAUGUUUCCGCAAAUGUUUGAAAAUAGCCAACAGCGUUUUGGAUAUUGCCCUACAAUUAGAAUUAUACACUGAUAUCCUGUCACAUCUUACUCUUUAUGUUCGAUAUGAAAAUGAAGACAUCAACGAAAUUAUACGUUCGUUGAUCAUGAAAAUUAAUGAAAAAAAUAACGACACUCCACUGACCGAAUUAGCAAACAAACAAUUUCAAAAUUCGCUUGCUUUCUUUCGAAAGUCCUCCAUAAAUUUAGAGGCUGAAUGAAUACAGAAUUCCAUUCCCUUUUUGUCAAUGAUUACAAUCAAUUCUCAUUGUUUUUAUAAAGACGCUACUCCUUUUUCGUCUCAAUCAAUCGAUUUUGCAAUCAUUGAAAAUUAUUAUUUAGUUUUCAUUUUUUAUUUUAAUCUUUUUCAAAUUGAAUUUUCUAUCCAACAAAUUCAUAGCCGUCGAAUGUUGCAAGAUUAUCCUAUGAAAUUGUC